AUGGAGCAGGACCCCCACCCACAACCACUCACACCGCCAGCACCUCGGGACCUGUCCAGAAACCCGAGGCUUGGAGCCAGGGACCAGACACAACUCUCACAUCCAGGCACACUACCAAUGCCUUGGGGUCCACCCAGGAGCCUGGGGCUAGCAGCUGGGGACCAGACCCCCUCCCGCAAACAGGCACACUGUGACAGCGCCUCAGGGUCCCAGACCCAAGCUCCGUCCCCCACCCUGUCGGCCUUCCCCUGCCACUGCCUUCCACUGGCCAUUUCCAUGGAGGAAAAGGAAUUGUAUCAUCUGUCUGUUAUCCAGAACUUCCACUCUUUUGGCCCUUUUGCUGAUGCAAGGAAGGGUGAUGACCUGCUUCCUGUUGGCACUGAGGAUUAUAUCCAUAUAAGAAUUCAACAGAGAAAUGGCAGGAAGACCCUUACUACUGUCCAAGGGAUUGCUGAUGAUAAUAAUAAAAAGAAACUAGUGAAGGAGUUUAAGAAGAAAUCUGUUUGCCAUGGUACUGUAAUUGAGCAUCCAGAAUAUGGAGAAGUAAUUCAGCUGCAGAGUAACCAGCGCAAGAACAUACACCAGUUUCUUAAAGAGACUGGACUGGCCAAGGAUGAUCAGCUGAAGGUUCAUGGGCUUUAUGCACUUUAA